AUGGUUUUUCAAAGUCACCACUGUCUUCAGGAGCCAGUUUUGGUUUGGCCCCAAGCUUUCAUGGAUCUUUUGCCUCCUGUGCCACAGUCGCCUCGCCCGGUACGUUGCUUCGAUGUGGAGCGGCGCAAGAAAUUGCUUGCCUUGGCUGACGUUUUGCUGAAAGCUGAGCCGACAGAAUGUACGGCCCGAACCGUGCGAUAUUUGUGUAAGCUCGCUGUGCCAUUUGCUGAGCCUGCCCCAGUCCCAAGAUUGGAUUGGCUCUGUGAAAGGACUGUUGAUGAAUUUGAUGCCUUGAUCCAUUUUGAUGCUUCCAGCAUCUCUCACAUGGCCCAGCUGGUUCCUCAGAUGAGGUUCACUGCUGUAUUCCGGAGAGUCUAG